AUGGCCGAAGUCCUCUGCAGCAGCCAGCAGACGCAGCGUCCAUCUGCAGCGGACUUCAUCUUCGUGGGUGACUGUGGUCUCGAGCUUGUCCACCCCGGUGAUUACUCAGAUUGCUCCGCCAGUCUGAACCAAACUGGAGCGGACGCCCUGCGCGAAGUCAGCUUUGACAGCGACACGUUCAGUGCUCCCGUGGCCGAUUGUGUCCUGGGAGUCUGCACAUGCUCCGAAACAUGGAGCCCACUGGCGGCCACUGAAUUCCAGAUUGUGCUUCAGAGUCCCGAAGAAAGGGGUAAGGGUGUCGUGCUAAUGGCAGUAUUUUCUUCGGAAGAUGCAGAGGCCGCUGUCCGAAACAUUUGGGAGAAGCUAGAACUGAGUGAGCAGCUGGCCAUGAAGAGCUCCGAUGCCUACCGGUCUGUGCGUGCGCGGGUGGGGGCUCAGGCAGCCGUGGAGAAGAGCCACUACGAUGUCGUAGCUUUCUUGAAGCUUCUGGUAAGCAAGGACUUUUGCCUUCCGACGGCCGAUGAAGCUUUGGUGCAAGAAAUCGGUACGCUGGCCCUGGAUCUGAGGGUGAAGGAGUGCGACAGUUGUCCCAUCUGCUUGGAAGCGAUUGCUGCAGAAGAUGCGGUGAUGAGGUGCAGCGGCGCAGGGGGAGGUUUACAUCAGCUGCACCAUUAUUUUCAUGCAGAGUGCUUGCGUGAGUGGAUCCGGACGGCCUCCAACCCGAAGUGCCCCAUGUGCCGCAGCAAUUUGCAGUUGAACGGUGCCCGCUUGGAGUGCUUCCUCGAAGGCACGGCCACAUUAUCCGACGACGAAAGAACAUAUCUCCAGGCAUUGCUAGAUGGGGCCAGUGCUCGACAAGACUGGAGCGACAUGAACUUCAUAGAGCGCACAGGGUAUGCUGGAAGCCUUGCCGCAUCCGCAGCUGCAGGAUUCGCGCAGGUCCUUUUCUUGCGAAGCGGUUGGGCAAGCGGUGGCUUGGCCCCGCGCACAGACCUGCGUCUGGCCCAGCUAGCCGGAGCAGGAGCAGCAGUGGCUUUCCGCGUCUGGCGUGGAAGAUGA